GCUGGUCUCGCGAAAGGAAGCCGGCGCUGCCCGGGGUGAGAAGCGCGCCGCGGCUCCGGCCCCCUCAGUUCCCGGGCGCCUCUCCAGCCGGCUGCCCCACACAGCUCCGGGGAAGGAAAAACCCCCAGCCCCGAACGCGAGGGAGGCCGGCCGGCCGGCUUGCGGGGAGGCGAGAGCAGCGGAGGCGCCCGGCGUCGCCCAGCUUCAGCCGCCCUUCUCAGGCGUUGCCUUGAUUACGGGAGCAGACAACCAAACCCCCAGGCGAACUCCGCCGGCGAGCCCUGGGCGAGAGGCAGGGCUCGCCAGCCACCAUGGCAGCGCGUUGCUGCAGCGCGGCAGGAGCCCCGGAGCUCGGCAGGAGCUCGGCUGGACCGCGGCGCUAGGGAGGGAGGGACCGGGUGGCCGUCGGGUCGGGCCCGAAGACGACCAGCGGCGGCUUCCCUCCUUCGCUGCCUCUCGCCGCCCUUUCCGAACCAGCCAGCAGCUCAGCCCCGGCCAGGACUCUUGCGAAAGAACCACCGAAGCCGGCGCUCGCUUGGAACCGAGGGGACGGGCUGCCGGGAAGCGGGAGAUUGCCAGGGGCUGUUGGCGGUGGGGACGACGACUUUGAUUUCCAGGCAGAUUUACCCCUUGGAUGCGAUUCCUUAAAGGGCUGAUCCAGAUAGAAAAAGCCACUCCUCUCGCAUUCCUGAGUGGGCAAGGCUGGGAGAGCUCAGUGGACCGAUCCAGAUGGCCAGACACAAGGAAGGGAUGCUUAUUUACCACUGACUACGGGUUGUGGCCGAUGACAGACAUCUCUGCUUCGCUUGGCACCAUAUUGAUUGAAGGGGAAGCUUCAGAAUUCCUGGUCAUUUUGCCUCCCGCUGGUCCACAGGAGAAGUGAAUGAGCGCUCAGGAUCCUUUGCUUCAGGGGAAGAAGUGCCCCUCCCCUCCCCCCAGAGUUUGAUGGCUCUCCAUCUGCGUGUAUGUGAUCACUGAAAGGAGUCACUGUCCUGUGACAGUUGCCCAGGAGCUGGGCUGAUUGGGUGCCAGGUUGAAGGGCUUUGCCUCUCAGUAAAGAUGCCCAUGGUGUUUCUGUGAAGCUAAGGUAUGGCUGCCGGAAGGUUAUUGCUCUAUGCUGGUCUCUCCUUAGCAUUGUGUGCUUUGGGCAUGCUGGCUGUGGCCAUCUGCUCCGACCAUUGGUAUGAAACUGAUGCCAGGAAGCACCGGGAACGGUGCAAAAGCUUCACCACCCGGAGGAAUGACCCUGGUUUCAUUUAUAAUUCUAACAAUAACCUGCCCCUCAGAGCCAGCAGGUCUAGGCUGGACCGCUGGGAAGGGAAACUUCUCUUGGCAAGAAAUAGGAGGCAGCUCUUUGCCAUGAGUGCCGUUGACGAGUGCAACAGACAGUACAACUCUACUAACAUGGGGCUCUGGAGAAAAUGCCACCGUCUGGGAUUUGACCAGGACCUGGAGGAACUCAUUGCUAAAGGAGCAAUUGACCAGUGUUCAUACAUCAAGUACCACUAUUCCUCAGCAACCAUUCCUAAGAACCUCACCUACAAUAUCACUAAAACCAUCCGCCAGGAUGAAUGGCACGCCCUGCACUUACGCAGAAUGACAGCUGGUUUCAUGGGCAUGGCUGUAGCCAUCAUCCUCUUUGGGUGGAUCAUCGGGGUGCUGGGCUGCUGCUGGGAUCGAGGCCUUAUGCAGUAUGUGGCAGGACUUCUCUUCCUCAUGGGAGGAACCUUCUGCAUCAUUUCACUGUGCACAUGUGUGGCUGGAAUCAACUUCGAGCUCUCCCGAUAUCCCCGAUACCUGUACGGACUUCCCGAUGACAUCAGCCACGGCUAUGGCUGGUCAAUGUUUUGUGCGUGGGGGGGCCUCGGUCUCACCCUGAUUUCUGGCUUCUUCUGCACCUUGGCCCCUUCCGUCCAACCUGUCCCCAGGACCAACUGCCCCAAAUCAAGACCUGAGAAUGGGACAGUGUGCUAAAACAGAUACAAACACCUCUCUCAAUAUACAUAUAUAAAUAUAUAUAUAUACAUAAACAAAUAUUAUAUAUAGAUCUCAAACGGAUGCCAGUGCCAAGGCAGAGUGGAGUUCAAUAGGGCGCCUAUAACUCCACAGACUUCAUGCCGCUGUUGCUCUUUCUCCUGAAGGUGGGAAUAGCUUUUCUGCAACAUCGCUCUUCCAUCUAGUUCUUAAAAAUCUUCAGCAUCCCAAUUCAAAGGUCAAGUGAACAUAUCGUUGCAUCUGUCUACUGCCAGUUGGGUAGGAUGGGAUAGGGUGGGAGGGAAAGGAUGUCUUGGUGUAUGUGAUACUGAGUCUGUACAGGAAGCUUUAAAAAAAACUUGUCUGUUUCAAAUUGGGGAAAUACAAGCAAUGAGCCAAGUAAAACAAAAUCAAACCUUUUUUGAGUUACCUGUCUAAACGUAAUCUCCUCCAGGUCAUCUUCAGAAUCUCCCUUUCUGCACACUAUUCUUGGUUUUUUAAAAAUCUUGCCUGUUAUUUUUCCCUGCCCCAUCAACAAGAGAAAACAAAGUAGAACAUUCAAAUACUUGUUUCCUCCCCUUUCCUUGCCAAACUUUAAAUGACACCAAGAAAUCAAGGAUCUUACAGAACAAAUGAGGACACUUCAGUGGAUGCUGCUCUUUUCGACUCCCCGCUGCCUUACAUCCAGGCUUAAAGAUGAGGCUGAACUUCUAGCCAAAAUGCAGGAGGAAGCCUCACUGAAAUGCUGUGAUAUCUGUGCGUACAACUCUCCCUCCCUCAAUUUUUUAAAACAAGAAAACAAAUCCACUCUCUGCAGACCAUCUACCAAACCAUCCUCGCUGUGUUCGUGACCCAAAAACUAAGGCACCAAGACUGUGGAUAUAUGAACGAGGGAAGGCGUUUGUUUGGAGAUGUCUGGAUGGGGAUGAGUCUGCCUGACACAGAACAACAGGAAAUUCCACACAUUGGGCAGAAGGCAUUCUGGGUAAUGGGGCUGCAGAGGGAGAGAGCCUUUGGGGGUUGGUUGCUUUUGGGGAGGAUUACACAGCAAUGGAUUCUGAUAGGGAUUUUCUGCUGCUGUUGCUUUGUCAGUGAAAGACAACAUGGAGAAAGCCUUGCAGAGGAGAGAGGAGGAAUUCUGAGUGAACAUAGUUAAUGAAAGAUACUAAGAGGUGCCUCUUUGUUGUGUCCAUGUCAAUGUACACCAGAAUAAGAUAUCUCAAACUUGGUCAUCAGAAGGUACCUUGGCUCAUUGGAUAGCUCCUUGUGUUUGCAAGAAAAUCAUCUAUACAUGUAGAGCAGAGUUGGAGGCAGACAAUGAAAAUCCAUUCUUCAUCACCUCAAAGCGUGUGGUGGUUGUGACUCUCUCGCUCCCCCACCCCACCCUCCUAUGCUGCCUUUUCGAUUUCCCCUUUCCUCCAUUUUGUCAUUCCACUCCCCCUCUUUCUCCUUGAUGCCAAGUUCCGCUCAUUUUUCAUACCAAGAUCUUCUGAUUGCUAAUUUUCUGAAUAAUGGUCAGAUACAUAACCUAAGGAGCAGUACAUCAACCCAGGGGGAAAAUGAUCUAUGGUUUGAAUGGUUCUUUUCUGGGAUACCACUUUGGUUAGGAGAACAAUAGGAAUGCCAGCAGAUUGGGCAUGCUCAGCAGUUGUCACUAAAGGAUGGGCAUCAGAGAGCACCACUGAUGUGCCAUUUACAGAUAGAUUUCUAAGGAACAGGAGAAUACAUAUAUUCAAUCUGAUGAGGAGAUCUUGACUCUCAAAAACUUAUUCCCAGAAAAAUCUUGUUGGUUGCUAAGGUGCUACUGGAUUCGAACCUUGCACAUUCACAAUCCUUGUUCAUUUCAAGUAGAAUAAAUAGCCACUGGAGAACAUGGUGGUGGUGGGAAGUGCCCUCAAGUAAUAGCUGGUGGGGGUUUCAAGGCAAGAGACUAACAGAGGUGAUUUGCCAUUGCCUGCUUCUGCAACCCUGGUCUUCUUUGGAGGUCUCCCAUCCAAUUACUAACCAUGGCUGCCUGUGCUUAGCUGCUGAGAUCUGAUGAGAUCGGGCUUUCCUGGGCUACCCAGUCAGAGCACUGGAGACCAUCCCUCCUUCCAAAUCCAUAGCAAAGGUGUAUAGUAUAUUAACCAGCUCUCCCACCUCAAGUGUUUCGAACCAAUUAACAAAUAAUCAUCCUGAUGUCAGCUUCCUUCAGGUUUAUCUAAAUAUGCAUGUAGAUCACAUGUAUUAUGGGACUGUGCCAGUUCAAACUGGAAGUGGAAGAAUCCCAUAUUUGCUUCUCUGUAUCAAAAUCUUGAAUUAGGAGAGCCAGCUUAAGUUGUUGACCACUUAUUUUUUGUUUUCUUCAAUAAGAAAUGCUCCCAUGCAAUUGAAUGAAUAUCUCACCUCUCCACCCAGGUUAUCAUUUAAUCCAUUCUUACCAACCCAAAUCUUUCCCAGCAAGUGUGGCUAAUUCCAAUGAUACCAGGUAAUAAAAGAAGGUACUGAGAUGGAAAUGUCUCUAUUAUAUCAUUUUUGGAGAUUGCAGGGACGAGGAAUCCACAUACACACACAUACCAGCUGAUAAUUCAGUCAAGGGAAAAAAACAGUUCUAAGUAAAAUUCUUUAGCAGAAAUGUGAUUUAGCUUCUGUGUAUGGCCCUAAGCUGUGAAAACCCUCUUCUGUUCCUUUCCAUUCCUUCGUAUAUGCACGACUUUUAUGUGCAUCCAAGCCCACAUAGGGACUUGGACUGGGAUGUUUAUCUACUCUGGAGACAACUGAACUGAUACUAAACCAGGGCUUUUUUUCAGCUGGAAUGCGGUGGAACGGAG